CCGUUUGUUUCAAAAUUAUCGAUACUGCUAAUGUUAAAUUUAAACUAAAUUUACGGUAGUUUACUGAUUUAUAGGCGUCCUGAGUUUUCCCAAGGUUUACGGUUUAGUACAUACAGAAACACGUGGCCCAAUGGCCAACUCUCUCGUCGUUCUCUCUCCUUUUCUAUAGACUAGUUCUUUUCUUUGAUGCUUCCCCUAUUUCUAAAAGAUUAGGAAAGUAAAAUGGACCAAGAUCUAAUGGAGCUCGAGAUGAAUCAGGUAUUGGAUAAGCUUGGUUAUAGUGAUGAGGUGAAAGAGAAAUUUAAAAAGGAAAAGAUAUAUGUAUCAACUGUUCCUGUUUUAACAAGGGAUCAAUUUACUGAGCUUGGUAUUAUGACUAUGGGGGAAAUAAUUUUAUUAAAAGAGGCAUGUAAGCAGUCAACAAACUAUACAAAAGUUGCUAGUGAGGUCACUCGUAUUAUGGCACCAGCCCUGCCCUGCUCAUCAAGCAGUGGGAAAGUUACGUUGCAGAAGAGAAAAGGAAAGAAGUAUAGCACGACAAUAAAACCUAAGGUUCAGGUCUUUCAAAAGAAGCUGGUCGUUCUAAAAUAUAUGGGUAGAAAAUCACCACUUACCUUUGGUCGUCAUGAAAGCGAUAUUUUAUUUCGAGGCUUGUUGCCAGAGAUCCCAUUAUCAAGUAAUGAAACAGAAAUCAGGAGAAUUAUCAUUGACAUUCUCCAUAGCAACAAAAGUUUUCUCUUGGAAAGCUUUGAUUUGUACGAUUUUGAAUUUCUGGAAGCAUAUGGUAAAAAGCUUACUGUACCAACUUGUGGAGAUAAUUUUGAAUUUAAUGGAAAAUCUGUAAAGCAAUUGGCUGGUGUUGGUGCAGUUUACAUUCGAUUGACUAAGAAACUUCCUCCUCGAGGCCCUUUUGUUGUUAGUGAUGAAUCAGAUGAUUUGGAGCCUCUAAAUAAAGAAGCACGACAAGAUUCAGACUCAAGCUUUGAAUUACCCGAUUUUAGCAAUAUAUCAUGGAUGCCUUCUGCACAAACAAUGUCUAUUUCUCACGAUGACGUUACUUCUCCAGAGACUAAUUCUUGUAGCAGCACUAUAACUCCUCUUAUUGAUACUUAUACAAACUCUAACGAUUCUACUUCUCUUUGUACUUCUUCCACUCAGUCUAUUCUUCCUAACACUACUUGGAGUGCCACUUCUAACUCUACUGUGGAGGCUACUCGUCCUACUGGUCGGCCCACUCAUUCUGUGCAGGCUACUCCUACUGGAAGGCCCACUCAUUCUGUGCAGGCUACUCCUCCUACUGGUCGUCCCACUCAUUCUGUGCAGGCUACUCCUCCUACUGGUCGGCCCACUCAUUCUGUGCAGGCUACUCCUCCUACUGGUCGGCCCACUCAUUCUGUGCAGGCUACUCCUCCUACUGGUCGGCCCACUCAUUCUGUGCAGGCUACUCCUCCUACUGAAAGGCCCACUCAUUCUGUACAGGCUACUCCUGCUACUGGAAGGCCCACUCAUUCUGUACAGGCUACUCCUCCUACUGGAAGGCCCACUAAUUCUGUGCAGGCUACUGCUACUCCUGCUACUGAAAGGCUCACUCAUUCUGUACAGGCUACUCCUGCUACUGGAAGGCCCACUCAUUCUGUGCAGGCUACUCCUACUGGAAGGCCCACUAAUUCUGUGCAGGCUACUGCUACUCCUGCUACUGGAAGGCCCACUCAUUCUGUGGAGACUACUCCUCCUACUGAAAGGCCCCCUCAUUCUGUGCAGGCUACUCCUCCUACUGAAAGGCCCACUUAUUCUGUGCAGGCUACUUAUGUUACUGGAAGGCCCACUCAUUCUGUGCAGGCUACUCCUCCUACUGAAAGGCCCACUCAUACUGUUCAAGCUACUCCUUUUACCAGAAGGUCCUUUUCUCUUAAUUCUACUGUGCAGGCUACUCCUACUGCAAGGUCUGCUUGUACAAAUACUGUCCAGGACACUCCUAUUGGAAGGCCCACUCCUUUUGAUCAUACUGUGCAGGCUGACUCAGUAAUAGCCACUCCUCCAAGUCCAAGCAAUGUUACACCUCCUGCCUCCCCUAAUCUUUCUGUGUUUUAUGAUUCUUACAUUGAAGAGCCAUAUCAGUAUGAUGCUCCUCCCACAACAUUAGAAGGUAUUCAUGAGAUGUAUUCGUCCCUCUCUAUAGAUGAUAUUUCAUUGAUUUUUGAAGUUUCUGGCCGUAGUUAUCCAAAGACACUACAUUUCUUGGAAAAUCAAUCUUUAAACAAUUUACUUGAUCUCCUAUAUAGUCAUUAUAUAGGAUAUUGUACCGAAGAAUCACCUAAGCUGACAAUUGAACGAGAUACCUCACCUGAAGAAAUGGCCGAAGUACUCUUGUCCUUUUAUAAAAGUGGUCGUUUCUCUACGAAUGCCUGUGUGAGAGUUAUGGAUGGCACUAUAGUAAUGGACAGUGGGGGUGUACGUCGGCAGCUAUAUUCUACUGCUUUUAGCGCAAUCGCCAAUGGACACAUGCAAAUUUUUGAUGGUCCUGGAAAUAGAAUCAGACCGGCUAUUAAACCAUGUAAUAUAGCUUCAGGAAUUCUCAGAAACCUUGGUAAAGCAAUUGCACAUUAUUUAAUAAUGGAUAAAUGUGGUUUUCCAUUUCUGUCGCCUCCUAUAUAUCACUAUUUGGUUGGUGAAAAUGAUAUUGCGGUCACAUUGUUAGAAGACAUAGAUGUGUCUGGAGAGUCAUUGCAUGUGAUUAAUAAGAUAAAAUCCUGUUGUUCGAAAGACAAGUUGGUUGAUGAUGAGGAGGAUAUGCAGUAUAUUGAUAAUGCUCUGAAUCAAUGUGGCAGUGAGCUUACUCUGAAUGUUGCAAACAGAGACAGCAUCAUACAAACUCUUUUGAUGCAUUAUGGCUUGUUUAGAAGAAAGAGUUAUCUGGACUCUAUUGCUGAAGGACUACAAGUUUUCAAAAUUUUCACCUUCAUGAAAACUUUUCCAGGAUUAUUUAAGCCUGUUUUCACAAGCCGAGAGAUAUGCAGUACUGAUGUCAUUCAGCAGAUUGUACCUCUAGAUUCACCUCUAGAUGACCAUAUGUUCAAGCUAAUUUCUUCACUUUUUGAUUAUAUCUCAGAACUCUCUGAAGAAGGGUUAAAGUGUUUUCUGCGCCUAGUUACUGGGAGUGAUUUUUUGAUCAAUGACUGUAUUAUAGUGCGAUUCACUUCUUUGGAUACAGAUCCUCCUUUAUCCUUCCAUACUUGUGCAAAGACUAUUGUCAUAUCAACUAAGAUCGUAAAUACUGAAGAACUCAAGGCAGAGUUUGAUGUACUGAUACAAGAUAGAUCCUUCACUAUGGCAUAGCAUGAAUUGCAAAUUUGUGACAUGUUUAUGAAUUUUGUAUUCAUUAUCAUUAUCUAUUUUAUGAGCAUUGUAUCUUUGUCAUUUACCAUUCAUAUUUACUUUGUAUAAUAAUCAAUGUAAUAAUUAAGCAACAAAUAGGGGAGGGUGCAUGUGUGUGUGAGAGAGAAAGAGGAAGGAGUUCACAAAAGGAAAUUAAUUUUAUACAAAAUCAUUAUGUAAUAUUGAAUUUAAGU